AUAUUGCAAAUGCUUAAUAAAUAAUUAGUCAAUUGGUUCUUCUUUAGUGGUGCUUUUUGUGAAAUAGAAAGAUACGUACAUUUUAAAAAAAAAAUUGAUGCUACUUCUAAUGUUCCUUAUGUAUAGUUUGGACAAUGAAUUUUUUUUGUUUUGAAGAAAAAUGGUUUCUUAGAAUUCAUUCAAAAAAAUGGUUUAGAUUUAAUAUUAAUUUUUUUUUUAAUUGCUAUUGAAGUCUAAAGAUAUCUUUAGUUGGACCAGAAAUGUGAUGGCUUUUAUGGUGCAUUGAACUAUAAAAGGACGGGCCGAGUUUCGUUUAUCAGUGAGUGGGAGCGCUCAGUUCAAAAUUUGCGCCUAUAAAAGCCCCCUCGACCCCUCCAUUUUUCUCUGUAAAUGCAAUUAAAAGUUAUACUACCAAACAUGCAAGCACUAAGAACCCUCCAUUUCCAUAAACACUUGCUCAAUCUCCCUCCUAAAACCCCCCUUUCACAUCUCCGUUACACCAUUAUCUGCCAUUUACGUCAGUUCCACUUCACUUCCCGACACCAUUUUCCUAACGACUCCACCGACGUCGCCGUACAAGGCUGGGCCGCUCCUCCAGCUGUUAGAGAAAACCCUAACGGUGAAAAUGUUCCGUCUAAAUCGACUACGAAUUACUCCAAUGUUUCAAAAGGUAGGGUUUAUGAAGUUAUAGGGAAUGGGAAUAAGAAGAAGGGGAAAGGGAAGACUAAAACAGUAUGGGUGUGUUCUGAUUGUGGGUAUGACGAUGGACAGUGGUGGGGGAUUUGUAAGCAGUGUAAUGGGAUUAAUACUAUGAAGAGAUUUUCGGAAGGGGUGGAGCGUCCUGUGAGUGGUUUUGAGGUUUCCGAGAAUGUGACGAGGUCGUGGUUGCCUCAUCAGAGUGUUAGAGCUAUGCCGACCAAAUUGACGGAUGUGAAUAAAGGGAUCAAUCAAUCCAAUUGGCGAAUCCCUCUGUCUGGCCUUUUUGGAGCUGAAAUGGGAAGAGUACUUGGUGGUGGUCUUGUGCCAGGUUGCUUAGUUUUAGUUGGCGGUGACCCAGGUGUUGGUAAGAGCACGUUACUGUUACAGAUUGCAGCCAUAGUUGCAGAGGGGUGUGAUAUGGGGGGACCAGCACCAGUUCUCUAUGUGUCUGGUGAAGAGAGUGUUGAGCAAAUUGGGAACAGAGCUGAUCGGAUGAGAAUCGGGACAGAUGAAAUAUUCUUGUAUGCAAGUACAGAUAUUGAGGAUAUUCUGGAAAAGGCCCAAACUCUUUCACUGCGAGCUUUGGUAAUUGAUUCCAUCCAGACAGUUUAUCUGAGAGGAGUAACUGGAAGUGCAGGAGGUCUAUCACAGGUAAAAGAAUGCACAGAAGCAUUGUUGCGGUUUGCCAAGAAGACCAAUAUCCCUGUGUUUCUGAUUGGACAUGUGACUAAAUCUGGUGAAAUAGCUGGUCCUCGCGUCUUGGAACACAUAGUUGAUGUUGUUCUUUAUAUGGAAGGAGAGAAGUAUUCAUCUCAUCGUUUACUUCGUUCAGUGAAGAAUCGAUUUGGAUGCACAGAUGAGCUUGGAGUGUUUGAAAUGUCACAAUCAGGUUUACAGGCUGUUUCAAACCCAAGUGAGAUGUUUCUAAGUGAGCAGCAGUCGGAUUCUGAGUUUCUGGCUGGAUUAGCUUUUACUGUAAUUAUGGAUGGAUCUCGAGCCUUUCUUAUUGAAAUUCAGGCAUUGUGUGUCGCUGGUUCAUCUGUCUCAAGACAAGUAAACGGUGUUCAAGCUGGCAGAGCUGAGAUGAUAAUUUCAGUUCUGAUAAAGCAAGCUGGUCUCAAGCUACAAGAGAAUGGUGUUUUUCUCAAUGUUGUCAGUGGUGUUCACUUGUCAGAGACUGCUGGUGAUCUUGCUGUAGCAGCAGCAAUUUGCAGCAGUUUUUUGGAAUUUCCUCUUCCUAUGGGCAUUGCAUUCAUUGGGGAAAUCGGCCUUGGCGGUGAAAUUCGUACAGUACCAAGAAUGGACAAAAGGAUAAAUACAGUGGCAAAGCUGGGAUAUAAGAAAUGUAUAAUUCCCAAAUCAGCUAAAACAUCAUUGUCAUCUUUAGAUCUCGGAGACACUGAAAUUGUGGCCUGCAGGAAUUUGAAAGAGAUGAUAAACAUUGUGUUCAGAAAACACUGAGAUGGGUUGUAGCAAGAUUUUUUUGUGUAUAUGGUGAUGCAGUAUUCACAGUACUGUAUAUUUUCUAGGCUGUGCUUGUAUUUUUCGUGCAGAGUUGUCAUUUUGCAGAGAGUACCACUGUAUAUUAACAUGGACGAAUGGUCUAAAGCUUAUUACCUUAUUUUGGUGGCAUCUAUAAAUUGGAGGCGUUUGAUA